AUGAGUGCACUACAUCUGGCAGCAUUCAAUGGCCAUGAACAGGAGGUACAUUUAAUACUUGGUGGGGAUGAAAGUGAUGUCAAUACACCUGAUGAUACAGGAAUAUACCCGGUCAUAUGGGCUUCAUUGAAUGGACAUGAUAGGACUGUGGAACUUCUGCUAGAUCGAGGAGCCGAUGUCAACGCCCAGGGUGGAUACCACGGAAAUGCCCUCCAGGCUGCUUGUGCUAAAGGACACGAUAAGAUCGCACAGAUACUGCUAGAGCGGGGAGCCGAUGUUAACGCUCAGGGUAGUGAAUACGGAAAUGCCCUCCAGGCUGCUUGUGCUAAAGGACACGAUAAGAUCGCACAGAUACUGCUAGAGCGAGGAGCCGAUGUUAACGCUCAGGGUAGUGAAUACGGAAAUGCCCUCCAGGCUGCUUGCUCUAGUGGACACGAUACAAUCGCACAGAUGCUGCUAGAGCGGGGAGCCGAUGUUAACGCCCAGGGUGGAUACCACGGAAAUGCCCUCCAGGCUGCUUGCUCUAGUGGACACGAUACAAUCGCACAGAUGCUGCUAGAGCGAGGAGCCGAUGUCAACGCCCAGGGUGGAGUAUACGGAAAUACUCCCCAAGCGGCUCGUCGAGGAGGGCAACACAGUAUAGUGAAACUUCUCCAAGGACAGCAUUGUCCUGAUCAGUCGACCUCCCAACCUCCCCCUUCCAAAAGGCUCAAGGUUUCAUCAUGA